AUGCAAUCUGAUGUCCCAAGUCAAUAUAGGGAUCUUUUAAAGCAAGCAAUAAGGGAAGAACGAAAGAAGCACAAAAGUGCUAGUCCAGAUAUUGUGCCUACGAAUACAGCCAGUAAAUUACCUUCAAAAAAGGAUUUUACGAAUAAGGGUGGAAAGCUCGAGGUGAUAUCAUUAUCUUCAGGUGAAGAAUUGUCUAAUCAAGAAGGAAACACUACGGAAGUUGAUUCGAAAAAUGAAAAAGAUAAGAUAAGCUCUGAAUCAAAUAAAAUUCAUAGUGAAGAUAAGAAUGAUGAUUAUACCGGCAAUAAUGGAGAUGAUGAAAAGGAUGUCUACGACGAAGAAGAGGAUGAUGAUGAAGAGGAUGAAGAUUACGAUUCGGACGAAUUCGAAGAUGUUGAUCUUGAACAUGCCCCUGAUUUGCCAGAAUCAGCACUUCCCGAUUAUCAAAGUGAAAGGAAAGAGAUUAAUAUUCCUUUAAAGAUAAAUAAAAGAAAGAAAAAGCGGCAAACCAUCGUCUCUCGACAGGAGAGGCAAUUCAGAAAGCAGAUUCAUGUACUUUAUUUAUUUACGAUGGUAGCCCACGGGGUGUCUAGGAAUUCAUGGUGCUCGGACCCAAAAUUGCUAAAAGAGAUUAAAAAAGGGAUCCCAAAUAACAUAAGAAAGCAGUACUUGGAGUAUUUAACACAUCGAAAACUAGAAAAGGCUACAGUUUCAUCGAAGACUAGAAGGCUAUUGGAUAUUUUAAGACAACUAAUGAUAUAUUGGUAUAAGUCAUGGACUAUAAACGAAAACGCACCUACAAUUUAUAAAAGAUCAUGGGAUGAAUUGGAUGCUGCAGUUUCUCGGCAAAGAAUGUCCAAAAGAAAGUUCAUAAAGGCAGUAAAAAGACAUACAGGAUCUAGAGAUAUAGCAGCUCAAGGAUUUGUUUCUCUUUUAAGAUCCAUCGGUAUACAAGCAAGGCUUAUAUUCUCUCUACAGCCGCCUGAUUUUACUAACCUAUCUCAGGUUACGUCAAUUGCCAAAAAGCAUAAUAGAAAAAUUGUAAAAAUAGAGGAAAAGAUACAGAGAGAGUCAGAGAAUCAUAAGAAUAAGCGAGUAGCAGCAAUAUCUCAAGGGGAUCGCCUUUUGAAUAACUUGAGAGUUCAUCGCAGUGCGAAAACAAGAUAUCGGUCCGCUGAUGAUAUUGAAGAAAACGAAUUUGAAGAGUUAUUUCCGGUGUUUUGGUGUGAAGUAUGGGAUAAGGAUGCGAAACGAUUCAUUACUGUCGAUCCAAUUGUCAAAAAGACCAUCGAGAUCGUAAAGACAAAAUCAGUAUUGGAACCACCAACAACAUCUGAGCAUAACAAUGCCUAUUACGUCUUGGGAUAUGAUAGACUAGGUGGUGUACGAGAUAUCACAAGGCGAUACACUGAGCAUUACAAUGCAAAAGUGAGGAAGAAGCGUAUAACUCGUGAUGAUGAUGGCAAUGAUUGGUAUAAUUCAUUACUGAAGGGAGCAUGUACAAUAAGAAGAAAUAAUCAGAACAGAAUAGACAAAUUUGAAGAACUGGAAUUUGAAGAGCGAUCAUUAAGAGAGGGUAUGCCCAAUUCAAUUCAGGAUUUUAAGAAUCACCCAAUAUACGUAUUAGAGAGCCAACUAAAGGCUAACGAGGUUCUCCGUCCAAGAAUAUCUUGCGGCAGCAUAAGGAAAAAGAACAAAUAUAACAAGACUGGAGAGCUAGUUCCAGUUUACAAAAGAUCGAACGUCCAAAUUGUUCGAUCUGCCAAGGCUUGGUAUAUGCGAGGUAGAGUUUUAAAAAUAGGUGAAAGACCAAUGAAGUCUAGGAAGAAAAGCAAAUUUGUAAUUUCAAAGGAUCCAGAUAACUAUAACGGUUCGGAUGCUGGAGAAGAUGAAGAUGAUGUGGUGAGGUUGUAUGCGGAAAGUCAAACUAAGAAAUUUGUACCACCGGCAAUAGUCGGGGGCGAAAUUCCUCGAAAUGCAUUUGGAAAUAUUGACGUUUAUCGACCUUGGAUGAUUCCAGAAGGUUGCAUUCAUAUAUCGGACGAUAGGGCAGAAAGAGCGGCAAAGAUUAUGGGAAUUACUUUUGUUCCAGCUGCAGUAGGAUUUGAUUUUGAUGGUGGAUCAAAGGGAGGGGGAUCCCGGGCCACGGUAAAAAUACAGGGAGUUGUCACUUUUAAAGAAUACGAGCCUGCCGUAAAGUUAAUAUGUCAAGGGCUUCAAGAAUACGAUGAGGAAAAAAGUAGAAGAAGAACACAACUUAUCGCAUUUAGAGCUUGGAAGAUUCUUUUCAAGAAAAUGGAUAUUAUCAACCGUCUCAACAUAGAGCAUGGCAAAGUUUCAGAACAGAAAGACAAGAAUAAACAGCUUACUGACAAUUUGGAUUCAUCUGACGAGAAUGAACAAGGAGACGAACGUAACGAAAGUGAUGAAGGUGGCUUUAUUCUUGGAGAUGCGCAGAAUGUAGAUGAGAAUAUGUAUUUUGGAGAUCAGAAUGAUGACAUUGGAGAUGUCAGUGAUAGCGAAUUUGAGAAUGAUGAAGACGAGGAGGCUGAAACUGACGGAGAAAACACGGAAGAGGUGGCAGAAGAACCAUCAAAAAAUGCUUCUUUGGAAAAAACUACUGACAAUGAUGAAAACAUAGAUUCUGAAAAGCAUGUGACCGGAGACAUGGAUCAGAAUUCUGAAAAUUCUGAUGAUCAUGUGCCAGACAACGUGAAUCAGACACAGGGUGACUACGAAGAUUUUAUGAACAAAAUAGGACUAAAUUCGGUAAGCAGUGGAGAAAACGAAGGGGAUGGCGGAUUUGUCAUUGAUGAUACAAAUAAAUUAAACUUACCUGAAGAAAAUGUGAAAUUGGAUGAGAUUAUAGAAGAGAGAGACCAGGAAGAUCAGUUGCCAAGGAGUAAUGAUGUAGUUGAUAAUUGCCCAGAAACGGAAAGCAACGAAAAAUUAUCCGGAAAUCAGGAACCUGAUUAUAACAAAAAUACUGAUGGUAAUGAUGAGUAUGAAACUUUUAUGCAUACCAUAGGACUUGAUAAAUCAUCCGAAAAAUCGGAAGAUAAUUCUGAAGGAGAGCCAAUUUCAUCACCAGAACAGGAUGAUAAGAAGCCUAUGGAUGAAGACGAUGCUUUUAUACAAGAUCUGUCUAAGGAUUUGGCAGGAUAUACAGAUAAUCUGAGCGCAUAUACAAACGAGAAGAAACAUCAAAAGGAGACGACGCAGGAUACAGAGAAAUUAAAAAUUGAAGGGAGUGUUGGUUUAAAGAAUCCUGAUCUGGCCGCUACAGAUGACGACGUGAUUUAUAUGAGUGAACGCAAAGAUGUUUCAUUAAGCUCCACUGAAAGCCAAAAUGUCACAACUAUGAACCCUCAAAGUAUGAAUUCAAAUGAAAAAUCACCUAUUGAGAUAUCCAGCGACUCAAGCGCCGAAAUUAUUGAUCUUGAUGAUGGCAACUCAGGUGAAGAUGAUGGGUACGAAUUUGAAUAUAGUGAUUCAAUGUGA